AUGCCGCCAACGCCCACACGAGGAAAAAGGGUUUUCACCCCGGGCAGGGGUGUGGGUGGGGAAGAAACAAGGGAUCUCAACGCUGCCUCCAAGGAGGGAAACGGCGCCAGGAGCGUCGCCAGCGUCGUGGCCACCGCCGGCCACAGGUUUCCCCGGUCCCGAGCCUCCCGCCACCAUCCAGCAAACCAGAGCAAGCAGAUCUGGCCAUGGGAUGCGGGUUUCACCGGCCGGAAAGGGGGAUCUUCCGGGGACGAGCACGAGAGCCGGCGGCAGCCUCCCCGGCCACACCCGUACGCCCGCCACCCCUCCGCCGUCCGCACGACCAGAGAGGAGGGCAAGCACUCACAGCCACCGCUCGCCGCGAGCCGGCGCCGUCCACCGGAUCGGGGCCGCCGCCCCGAGGUCCAGAGCCCCCUCCGAGGACGCCGCCGGCAGCGACUCCUCCCUUACCUCCGGCUAGGCCCGAGGCCAGCCAACGGCGACGGAAGAGCCACCGAGCAGCCCCACCGGCCACGGCGAACCCAGCGCGAAGUUCCUCCACCGAUCUUCCGCGCGAGGGGCGAGGGCCCAGAUCCCCGCCGCCCCCUUCACCGGCGUCGCGGGCUUAGCCCGGCGGCGCCUCUAGGGGCGACGAGGAGGUAG